AUGAAAAUAGGCUUUUUUUUAAAUAUAAAACGGUAUGAUCAUCGUGAUGAAGAAUAUAAACAUGUCGCACCUAAAUUCAAACCUUUUGGUGGUACCAGUAAUACUGUUGGUAUUGCCGGUGCUCAACAAAGUCCAUUUAAAUCAUCUAUGGUUUCAUCUGGUAAUACAACAUUAAAUCCUUCAGAUGGAAAUAAUCUUGAGAUACUUGCUGAAAUAUGCUUAAAAACUUCAUCGUCAUCAACAACGAUUCAUCUUCGAUUAUUGGAUAUGUCAAAGCCAAUAUGUGUAAAAAUUGAUCUCAAUCGAACAUUAGAUGAUAUACGAAAAUUCCUUAUUGAAAAUGUUCAAUCACUAGGAUCAAAUGCAUUUAAAUUUAUGGAACCACCAUCAAAAAAAUAA